AGCUGCUUAUGUGCGAUCAUGGAUCCGAGUGAAGCUAUUCGAAUCGGCGUGCGUUUGCGACCACUGGUGCCCUGCGAAGCGGGCCAAUCACACUGUUUGAAAGUCCGUGAUAAUGUCAUCAUGAUCGACGAUGGAGGCAAAGCGCCGAAGGAGUUCGCCUUUGACUACGUGAUGGACAGUACCAAUGCAAGGUCAGUGGACUUUGUGAGUCAGGAGAGAUGUUACCAACUCAUGGCGGAAAAGAUGGUGGAACAUGCGCUACAAGGCUACAGCACCUGCUUGUUCUGCUACGGUCAAACGGGCACCGGAAAGACGACGACGAUCCUGGGGAAGUCCAAGCCGAGCUCAGAGCAGGGGCUUCUCUUGCGCUUGGUUGCGGACCUCUUUCAACAGGUCAAGGUCUUGGCAGAUCAGGGAAAUCAUGCGCAAUGUCGAGUGCAAAUUGUUGAGGUUCACAAUGAGAAGGUGCGCGACUUGCUCACGGAGACUCCGGUUCCGACUUCUCCGACUCCAGAAGUGCAUGUGCAUCCGCAGCUGGGUGUCUACUUGAAACAUGUGCUUGAUCAGCCGGUGCACUCCUUGGAGGCUUGUCUCAAGCUCAUCGACGAGGCCAGCAACCGGCAGACGGUGGCGCCUACGGCCAUGAACGCGCGCUCCUCACGGGGCCACACGGUGUACAAGCUGAGUGUGGAGAAGCACGGCAGUGACAACACGGUGAUGACCUCCGAGGUGUACUUCGUGGACUUGGCGGGGCGCGAGAAUGAGCGCAGCACCAAGGUCUCGGGCGAUCGACUGGUGGAACUGAGCUUCAUCAACCGGAGUUUGAUGUGGCUUUCCCAAUGCAUCUAUGCCUUGGGCGGUGAACGCACACGUCGGACGAGCCGACUGAACAGCCUGGAGCUGGCGCGGACCGCGUUGACUGGACCGCGCGGAAGUGCGGACUCCAACGAGGGCAGUCGCGUGGUGAAGCGUGACAAGGGCCAAGUGGAGAAAAGGACGAGCAUCGAUCGCUCCAAGAUGUCCAGUCGUUCCAGUACCAUCUCCGAAGACUCGGAUGAUCGGAGGGGCAGUAAAGGCGCGGAGAGCACCGCGAGGUUUCGCAACUCGAAACUGACGCUUCUGUUGGCCAAAGCGCUGAGUGGGAAUUCCAAAACCUCGGUGAUUUGUACCUUGAGCCCUGCCAAAGCAAAUGCAGAGGAGAGCUACACAACCCUGAAUUUUGCUGCGAGCCUCAAGAAUGUCAAGGUUUUUGCCAAGCCAGCCACACGCAUCGACAAAGACUCUUUAAUUAGUGGUCUUCAGGCUGAACUGCACGAGCUGCGCGAGAAAUUGGCCGCCGACAAUUCUCUAGAGCUCUCAAGCCGACUUGAAGUGGCCAAUGGCUUGCUGGAGACGUACCGGGAAAGUUGGCAGCAAAAGAUUGAAGAGAACCAUCAGCUCAGAGAACAAUGCAAUUCGGCAUUGAAGAGGCUUGGAUUGGCCAAGUUUCGUGUGGCCGCGCGGGAGCACUCGUCCCCAUCCCCGAAGGAGCAUCACUCGUGGUCCUCCUCCAGUGGCCCAAGUCAGGAUCUGCGUGAAAGGCGACCCAGUUGUCCUCAUCUUGCAAGUUACUCCGAUGAUCCCGACACGAGCGGCCAGAGCUUUUUUCCCAUCAUGGAAAAGGGCUUGGAGUACUGCCUGGGAUGUGCACCUGAGUGUCACUUUGUUCUUCCGCGCAGCAACGGGAUUUCUCCCCAGUGUGCCUUUCUCUGGCUGGAGGAGGACCGACUCUUCCUGCGCCCGGCGAUGUCCGGAGGCACGGUUGUGGAAGUGAAUCAUACGAGGUUGCGCGGCGACGAGCGACGAGAACUCUUUCAUGGGGACUUUCUGGUGCUGGGCAGCUCCGUCUGUUUCUUCGUGAGCUUGGAGACGAGCGGCUUCGCGACCGGUGGUGUCGGAAGCGGUGCCUCGCGCGUGCAGAAGUUGCCCACCUGGUGGAGUUUGGGCCCAAAGGAGCGGAGCAAGAUGAUGCAAGAGAUCUUGGAGUCCGACUCCUCGCAUCAGCUGCAGGUGGCCUUGCACUACAUGUCCGUCUUACAGGGUCAGAACUUGGACUCCGCUGGCUUUCAAUCGCUGGACCAGUUCUUACGGUCGGCCCAACGUGCCGCACGCUUGGUGUCCGAGGCGAAUGCUCUCACUGACGCAUUGAAGCCACUCUCCAAUUUGAAGCUGGAGCUCUCCUCCAUUGCUCCGGUGAUGCUUUAUGGAUAUGGAGACAACUUUGCAAUUCCUGAUUUGUGUGUCAGACUCAUCAAGCGAUCCAGAACGUCGGAGGUCGAGAGCCUCUCGAUUUGGACCUUGCCGCAAUUCGAGGUGCGUCUGAAGAUGAUGCGCGAGCUGCACGAGAAACGGCUCCAAAACCCCGACACCUUUGCGCUGGAGAUGAGGAGACUCCAGCCCUGGGAGUCGGUGGAGCUGGCGGACACUCGGACCACCUCGACCUUGGCACAGGAUGCGGAGCGGCUGUUUGUGAAGAUGGACCACCUGCUUGCGCAACAAACGUCCGCCUCCGGCAAGGGACUCAAGGAGUCCAAGCUUGGCGAGGGUCGACAGCGGGAGCAGAUCGUGAAGAAGCAGACGCCUGCCUUCGCCAUCGCAGGACCUCGGAGCCGAUCGCUGGGCCGUCGGAGUCAGGUCGAAGACUCCUUUCAGAUUGAUCAGCUGGCAGAUGCAUCAACCAGCUUCUCAUCCUCAGGACAUAUCCCUGAGGCUGACUCUGCCGUGGUGGUGCACGAACUGCUCGGAGAUGCGAGCCCGAGCUUCUCGUCCGCGAGUUCAUGGUCCAAGGCAGGACGUGGAGAGCGAGAUGCGUCUGGAACAGUGCCUUGCUGGGUGACGACUUAUUCCAGAAAUCCCAAGAUCCCGGGCACCUCAACAGCGCCUGUGCCGGCUCCAAACAUGGGCCGCACGGCACAUCUCCCGAGCAGUGCAAGGGGCACAUCUUCUUUGAGUCCUCCCAGGAUGAAGUGGUUCACACGGAGCUCUGUACCGGUUGCAGGGGAGAUCGGCCAGGCAUCUGUGCAAAGCACGCCGGGAUUUCCAUUGUCGAAUGCUCAGGAUCAGCAGACGAUCGGCAGGAUCGGCAGCAGCGACCCAGGGCCGCGGGCAGCGGGCCGCGGGCGGGCUGAGUGAUGUUGCCGGUGCCCCAUUGCCGGUGGACACUUCCCGCGGCGCGACAUUGGCAGACCUUCCGUUGGGAAGGUCCCACGCAGACGCAGGAAACGGCCCUCGUUUGAGGGGCGGCGCAGACGCCCGGAGCGACCUGGCGAGAGCCGGAAGUCGUUCCGAAGAUGUAGGCAUAGUCAUGAGGGUUGCGAUUUUGAGUAGCAUCCUCAGCUCGUCCUCAGCGUGAGUAUGAGUAACC